CGAUCAUCAACCGGCCACUUUACGAUACAAAUGACCACCGAUACGCUCAUCUAACCAUCAUGCCCUUCUCUCCCAGCACCAUCUCCUCUCACGGAUGCCCUUUUUUACAAUCUCUAGAGCAAGCUUAUCCAGAGGGCUCCUACGAAUCGACUGACCGUGAAUUAUUGGGGAGCAUCUUGGUCGGAACCCUGAUCGAAAGAAGCCUGUCUCAUCAAUCAGGGGCUGGCACGGGAUCCACGACGUCCAACGAAAACCUCCAAUCGUCCAACGAGACCGAUGAUGAUGACACGUUGUUCAAGGUCGCUCAUGACGGCAGGACGUACCCCCGCGUCAAACGAAAGGAUCUGGAGAUCAGUAAACUCUCUAAGGACAUGAGCAGGUUGGUGUCCAGUGGCGAGUACGACCUAUUCCGACAGCAACAACGGAAGGAUUCUGAAGGAAUCAAGACGAUGCUCGAAAGCUUGGCUGGACAGGCAGACUGGCCACAAUUCCGCCAGCAAUGCAAGGACCUUGUUCACGAACUCGAAAGCAACACCGAACUCCCCUCGGAUUUGAAAACCUUGCUCAAGAACGGACUUUGUGAUCGCUUGCAGGCAGAAGCGGCAUCGCAGAUCUGCGGGAAGCUUUUUGCCUCGCGCGAUGUGCUGCAGCUGUUGCAUGUCAAGGGGCAUGACACUCCCGAGAAGCGACUUGAUUUCUGGAGACGCACGAUCAGCCCCGAGUCCACAGCCGCCCUAUGCGGCUGGCCUGUCGGAGACCUACCCCAUCAGUUGUCCCCACUUCAGGGCACGUUGUUCGGAAUGGCAGGGGUUGUACAGGCGUCCACUACCUUUGUCACAUCAUACUCGACGACGUGCUCGGGUCCUCGCGGACGAUACCCGUCUGAGCCGCAUGAAGCGCUACAAAGCGCAAAUCCAGGUUGUACUUCCACUCCGACCCCCAGCUGCGUAUCUCUUGGAUCUCAGUGUCUUUACAUCAAAAAAUACAUGAGAGGAUUUGCCUUGUCUGUCUUGGUGUUGAUGCACGAUACCGUGGCCGAUCCGCUCGAUAACACGUUGAAAAUCGCUGGAUAUCACAUUGACGGAUUAACCACACGGGGAAGAACUAAGACGAUCGGUCACUCCGAAAUCGCUCAACAAGAAGGAUUCCGGCGUGCAUUGUGCUACCGAUCCGAUUUCCCGUCUUCGUCUGAUACACGCGUCACUGCGACACCAUACUGUUUAUCUCAGGAUCAGGCUUAUAUAGUCCUGAAACUGGUCUCCCUGGAUGUCGUCGGUUUUCUGUCGUUGAGCGCUGACGGCUUUGGUGAUUACAAACUUUGCUGUGCCCAAACCUUUCGCAAUCUUCCUCCUGCAAUGACUCAAGGGUUGAAGCAAGCUGCCGUAAUCAUAGCUGCUCGAGACCCAUCUCCCUUCAAAGGUCGCUUAGCUCCAUCCACUGGAGAAGCCUUUAGGCCAAGGUGGCCGUCAAGAGCUACGACACCUGGCGACUCCAAGGUGGCCGUCAAGAGCUACGACACCUGGCGACUAUCUUGUGGUCUCGCUGGUCGGAAGGCUGUGGCCAUCGUUACCAUUGGCCGAGAUAGGCAAUCACGAUCUAGCUCGCAAUGCCGCAUUGGCCAAAUGGCCGCCAAUAUCAAAGGAUCGGUUCCUCUAUUCGGCCGAGUUCCGAUCGAGGGAGAUAUUGUCGAACUGCUCAGGUCUGAAAGGGGCCAACUCGCGUUGUCAAGGAGGCUGUGUAGCGUGACAGCAUCUCACCCCAUUCUCAUGAUUACGUGGAUGGCCGAAAACGCUACCGAACGUUCCGAAAAACUUGGGACGUUCGAUCAUCUACUGUCUAGCGUUCUCGGCAACGAGACCACCUUCUGCCUUGGAAAAUCUGCGGCAGAGGGGGACCUCGGAACGUCUUCCUCGGAAGAGCAAGAGGGAACUUCGGCUGGACAGCGGAUCUUGAUCCACGAUGGUAUGGUCUACCACGACUUGCCAUCGGAGUUGUAUGACAAUCUGGCCAGCAUGUGCAGGGAAAUUACACCCGAAGAACUUGCCAAGUUCAAGGCUGAGUGUUCUCGGGGAGACGCAAAAGUCCAGAGCGCGAUCGAACAGCUCACCCAAGGUACGGGACCCGCGAAAUGGGCGAAAUACAGAGGUGAUUACAAGGCGAUCCGAGCGACCGACACUGCGCAAUCUUCACUGGCAAACGACCUGGAGGAUCUUAUUGAGGAUUGGUUGCGCAGACGACUAGAGGACGCCGCAGGCAAAGACGCUGGCCACCAGCUUUUCACUCAAUGGGCGACUCUUCGUGCAAAGGGCUUCAGUCACGAUGAGAUCGAGCAGGUCAGGCAGGUGCGCAUGUCAUCGGAAUUCAAAUUUGCUUUGUGCGGUGUCCCCGCCGGAGGGAAACCCGUUCAGCUUAUACCGAGAGAGGCAGCGAUUCUUCGACAUACCGAUGUAGACCUCAACAACACAGCCCUUUUCAAAAUCCUUGAAAAUGAACAGGACUUCUCUCAGCAGAUCGCAGCCUGCAAUGAUUCCACCGCACCUCGUGUCGAACUCAACGACCUGAUCCAAUCGAUCUUGAAAACUGCUUCUAAAGUUUGUGGCAAGAGCCUUAAGGAAUUCCUCAAUACUGGUUCGAUCUUCGAAAGCCAGGAAGUCAGCCCCGCAGGCACAUUGAAUUACGGACUUGCCUCGACUUUUGCCGACGAGGAGGGAAAAGAAUUUUCGCUCGAAACCAAACCAGCGGUAGUUCACUCUCACAAUGACAGACAGAUGAUCUACAGAGACGUCAACACGGAGAAGGUCAAGCGGAAAGUCGACGACCUUGAGGCUCUGUACCACAACAUAAACGCGCAAGUUAUCGAUGCCACGGCAAAUCAGGACAAGCACGACCAAUCCGAAAAAUGGAUUAUUUUCCAUGCAGCUUGUCGGAAGAUCAAGGCGACCCUCAACAAAGACAGAACAGUCAAACGUGAACAGAAAACACCCAUUUGGCAUGAUGCCUUCAAUCGGCUGGGCAAAGGUGCGAGCGAUCACAUCUUUUCCUUGUGGGAGGCGAAGACCUGUAGUGGUGCGCAGGAGAACCAGGUACUAGAAAUCCCUGAACUGAUGAAAAGAAGUCAAGAGAUACAGGUUCGGCGGGUUCUUUGUGGCCUGGAUGGGGGAAACCCCAGAAAGAUAUCCUCGAAGGAGGUAGAAAUGCUUCAGUUUACCGGUGUCGAUUUCGACGACAAGGCUCUGUAUGAGAUCGUCUGA